AUGUUUCGUGACCCUGUCAGCAACAGUGAGAUGGAUGAUCCUGAAGCAGAGGGACACAAUGAGAGAGAACCUCCAGCUAAUUGGGUAUCAGGAAACCCUCCAUACUCAAACACAUUGGAUGAUCCUGGCUCCUCAUAUUCUCCUUACCUACCUCCAGUUCUUGAAGAACCUUCUUCUUCCUUUUCCGAGGCUGCAGAUGAUGAUCCAUUACCGGCUAUAGAUGGCCUCCAGAUUUCAGGCGAAGCAUUUCCAGGAAGAGAACUCCAGGCAUGUGGAUACUCUAUCAAUGGAACAACCAGUUGUAAUUUUGAGUGGGUACGGCAUUUGGAAGAUGGAUCUGUUAAUUACAUUGAAGGGCUGUUUCUUAAUGCGUUUCUGGUUGCAGGAGCAAAACAACCAAACUAUCUUGUUACGGCUGAUGAUGUUGAAACCUACCUUGCUAUUGAAGUCCAGCCUCUGGAUGACAAGAGGCGCAAGGGUUGCUACGUAAGAGUGGCAAAUGCUGAGCUCAUGCUGCUUAAAUUCAGACUCUUAGUUGUACAGGAUAGUCAGUCAUGGCUUGGGAAAGAGGGAGAGCUUGUAAAGGUCUUUGCAAAUGAGCACAAAAAGAUCAGAUAUGAUCCUGAAAUGCACGAACACAUACAGAAGACUGUUUAUAGUGGCCAUGUUUCAUAUAAAGUAGGCCUUUCGACUGGAUUUGUUGAUAUAUGGGAACCAGCUACUUUGGCCAUCAAGAGGGAAGGGUACAGUAUCAAGUGCGAAUCUGGGGGUGUGGUUAUCACUGAGAAAUUUUCACCAAUCAUAAGUGUUACAAUUCCCUACGGACAUGCUUUAGAAUUUAUAUUAACUGAUUCUACUGGCCGUCAGCAUCUUUUACAAGCAGAUGACAGCUCAACAGAUAUCAGCUAG